AAAACCGCAUUUUUGGGCUCACAAUCCGGCUACUCGCCGGAUUUACCGCAACCAGGCAUAGUAUCUUCAGGCACGACUUCAGAAUUUGCUUACAGAUAACCGCGACAGACUUCAAUUCUCUUCCUUAGGGAGAAGCCGUUCUUCCGACUUUCUGUAGUGGAUCAUACAUCCAUGGCAGAGCCUACACAAUCCAUCUUAACGUGUACGGAAAUGAAUGAAUCUGAAACUCAGACGGCGAACGGUGUCGACCAUUACUCUCGUCUGACAUCGUCGACGAGUGACGCAACACCCGACCCCGUGUUGCUCACAGAAGCCAUGUGUCCUGACGUGUCACGAGCUCCCUCGGAUCAUGCGAUCGAGCCGCAGGAAGUACAUGACGCGACUCUUCGCCAGGAUAAUUCGUUAGCAGUUGAGUCAAUUUCCGCUGUUGCAGAAGGUGUAGUGAAUGGUCAAGAGGCGACGGCCAUCAGACUAGUCGAAGAUGUCAGACAAACUGAAGAUAGUCGAGACACGCGGAUGGAGUCAAGCGAGGCGGUAAAGCCGGAUCACACGGUGACCGAGCACGACAAGAUGGAUGUGGAUGCGAUUCCGCCGCAAAUUGACCAAGAUCAGACAUCCGCGGAGGUAGCCACGGAAAAUCCUGCACCAGAAACCGCGACGAGUCAAGAGAUUCGCGAAGUCGCUGGCUCGAACGGCGGCGUGGAAAUGCUCGACGCGAAGGAAGAAGCGAAUGAGAUCGAACCGUCAGCGGCAACUGAAACUGGAGGAGAAGCGGCAGUUGAAGCGGCAGUUGAAGCUGCAGCAGAAGCGGAAGUGAAGGUCGAGUCUGGGUCAAUUGACCGUGUGGAAACCGGACGAGGGGAAGAGAAGGUUGAGUCUAAGCCAGCACCAGCUGCUGGAGCGAGCGAGGAUGUGAAGAUGGAAGAUGCCAACCACGCGGCCGACGGCAAUGAUGCAACGAACGGCACGGAUGCGACUGACGGCAGUAACGAUGCGACUGAUGGCAGCAACGCGACGAAGAUGGAGGAUGCGAACAAGGAUGGCAGCACUGGCGAUGUCGCUGCGAGUCACAAGGAGGGGGAUACUGUGAAGGACGAUGCGGAAGCUAGUGACGCGAAUCCCGCUAAGGAUGCGGACGACGCUGCUGGUUGCGAUUCCCCUCGGCCGACGUCGCAUGUGGCCAACGACGCCUCUGCGAUGUCGCCUCCCAGAGACCCCGCGGUCGCCGCGCAGGCCGCUGAGACUAACGGCGACACGCCUCCGCCGUCCAAGCCCGGUGCCGGCACGCCGAGCUUCUCCGUGGGGACGCCGUCAGUCGCGGCGGAUUCCCCGCGGCAGCAGACCAUCAGCCCGGACAGCCAGUCCAGCCUGGUCGACCCAGGCCUGGUCGCAGAUGAGAACGCGGCGCCGUUCACCAUCAGCCAAUGGCAGCAGCUGGAGCAGCAAGCCCUCAUCUUCAAGUACCUCGUCUCCGGCGCUGCCGUCCCGCCUGAACUCAUCGACUCGCUUUACUCCACCUCGGAUUCGCCCGAUCAAUCACCCGACGGCCCUGCGUCGUGGGCCACGCCGCUCAAGGACGCGGAGCCCCUCAGGUGCCGCCGCACGGACGGCAAGAAGUGGCGAUGCUCGCGAGAGGCGGUGAAGGACCAGAAGUACUGCGAGCGACACAUGCAUCGCGGGCGAAACCGAUCGCGAAAGCUCAACGACAGGGCGACGGCCGGCUCGUCGCUGUCCAUCCAGGCGGCGUCGUCCGAGGGGCCCAUGGGGUGCGUGGAGGGCACGUGCUCCGCCAUGACUGACACGUGCACCAACACGCCUUGCCACAAGGGGCUCGUGCCAAAGUUCGAGAUCGGCUCGGUGACGAAGCUGGAGAUAGGCUCGGUGUCGAAGCUGCGGUUGAACACGGACGAUGUGGGCUCGACUGUUACCCGCGGGUCCCCUCCGCCUCCCCUCGCGCUGCCCCCGCCCGCCCAGCCUGUCGGGGCGGACCAGAGGCGCACUCCCGCCUCCAAGUCCUCGGCUGUCGGUUGCUCCAAGCAGCUCGCCAUCCAGCUAUCCCCAGACAACGCCGGAUCGCCCUUCCCUGCCAGCCAACAGCCCCAUGACCCUGCAUGCACCCCCUCGGCUGCUGCUCCUCUUCCUCCGCCUGCCGCCGCCUCUACCGCCGCCUCUGCCAGCGCAACCGCUGGUCCCGACGCCACGCCAGCCCCGUCGUCCUCCACUGUGAUUGCCCCGUUCGGCCUCGCCCAGUCAACGUCCGCCUCCACGCCCGGCGCUGAAGUCGCCUCCAGCAGUAACAUGCUCGUGUCUGGCGACGCUGAUCGUCACCAGCAGCAGCAGCAGCAUUCGUCGCAGCAGUUUGGGGCGGACCCUCGGCUGCAGAAGUCGCAGUCCAUGCCGUGCCACAGUAGCAGCAGUAGCAGCGGCCGGCUUCAGCUGCAGCUGAGCGGGGCACUGGGCCCUCGCCUCACGUCCACAUUCCAGCCCGGGCAGAGCAUCGUGGAAGCGGACGAAGACUGCCCCGGGCCCAUGCCUCCACAGCAGCAGCACCAGCAGCAGCAACAGCAGCAGCAUGCUCUGAUGCCAUCGCGAUCUAUGCCGCCCCGCCAGCUCCCAGUUGCUUCAAACACCAUGUAUUCCCAGCAGCAACAGCCGCAGCAGCAGUAUUCCGCGGGCCGCAUGGGCUCACCGCCUCGCAUGCAACGAUCCACCUCCCUGGUGCUGGGCGGCGGACAGCGGCUGUGUCUGCAGGUGCCGCCCAGCAGCAACUCACGGACGCCCGUUACCGCCAGCGGAAUGGCGCCUGCUGGUAACGUUGCUGCCGAUGCUGCCACUGGUGCUGGUGGAGGCAGCAACGGCGUGGGGCAGCUGCAGCCGGGGCACUACCAGCUACAGACGGGCGGACGAGGUCCCAAUGGCGCUGUGCCCAACGGUGGAAGCAACUGGCAAAGCCAGAGCCAGCAGAGGCAGUCGUCUGUGCAACAGCCAUUCCAGCAGCAGCAGGGUCAGCAGUGGCGGCCGCAGCAGCAGCAGCAGGCACAGCAACAGUGGCAAGGGCAGGCACAGCAACAGUGGCAAGGCCAGGCACAGCAGCAGCAGCAGCAGCAGCAGCAGCCUGCGGAUCAGCAAUGGCAAUCGGGUGCCCCUCCCCAAGACCAACUGGCUGCAACGCAGAAACCGCAGCAGCGGUGGGGAACACCGAAUCAGCAGCAGCAGUGGCAACCGCAGCAGCAACAAUCAUCGCAGCAAUCGCAGUGGCAGCCACAGCAGCAGGCGCCCCAGCAAGCCACCAACACCCCUUCUCAACCAGCAGGUGGUAACCAGUGGCAACAGCAACCCGCCCAGGCAGCACCCAUGCAGCAGCAGCAGCAGCAGCAGCAGCAGUGGCAGUCCCCCUGCGCAUCACAGCAGCAACAGGCGCCCCAGUCACAGCAGCAGAGCGGGCAAUGGCAGAAUCAGAACCAGCAGUGGCAGUCACAGCAAGCUAAGCCAGUGCACGGGCAGGCGCCCAUGACGCCAGUGAUGCAGCCGCAGCCGCCGCAGCAGCAGCAGCAAGGCAUGGCUCAGCCCGGCCAAGCACAGGCACAGCAGGCGCCAUACACCCCCCAGCAGGGCCAAGCUGCGUCCACACCUCAGCAGGGGCAGGCGGUGUGCACCCCCCAGCAGCAGCUGCUGCAGGGCGGCGGACAGAGAGGCGAGCCGUGCAAGUUCAGCUCGCGAGCUCUGGUGCUCAGCGGCGAGCCUGAGUCGCCCGAGACGCACCCCCUCGUGUCUGCUGCCUCCGAGACUCGCCAGCAGCAGCAGCAGCAGCAGCAGCAGCAGCAGAUGCGGCUGCAGCCAGUGCAAGGGCAGCAGCAACCCAUGCAACAGAACAUGCAGCAUCCGGCACCGCCUCAGGUGCACGCACCUACGCAGCAGUCGCCAAUUCAGCAAGCACCGGUGAUGCAGGCACAGCCCAUGCAAGCAGCAGGCAUGCCAGGCGCCCCUCAGCCAAUGCGGGCACCACGCGGAUCCAUGCCUCCUCCCCCUCCCCCCAUCGCCCAGCAGCCUCCUCUCCAGCAGCAGCAGCCCCACGCUCAACCUGUGUCCAUGCCCCUGGGGGGACUCUCCACCAGCAGCACCAGCACCAGCAGCAACAGCAGCGGUGGCGGCGUCAAGGUGCCUCUGCUGCGGCUGCCCAGCCUCAUCCAGAGGCCCCCUGCAGCCCCCUCUCACCUGGGCCCCGGGCUCUCCAACGCCAACAGCAACUCCUCCCUGCAGCUGGGCCUCACCAGCCAGGGCUCUGUGUUGUCUGCAGGCGUCAUGGUGUCGCCCAUGGGAGCGCCGCAUGGCAAUCCCCAUGUGCUCACACGCUGCAGCUCCGUGCCUGAGCCAAGGCACGGGCGGCCACACCUGACGCGCUCCCAGUCCAUGUUUGAGUCGCCCAGGAAGAGCUUCGUUGCUGCCCCCGGUGAGCAGUACUGCCCCCCGCCCCUGGACCUGCUGAACUCGUCGGAUGGCUGUGGGUACAGUGAUGGGCCUCUGCCGUAUGAGCAGCAACCAUACCAGCAGCAGCAGCAGUCGCAGCAGAUCUAUCAACCGGUGCAAUCCCAGCAGCAGCAGCAGCAGCCACCAAUGCAGUCGAUGGGGUACCAAAUGGGAAGCUCUUGUGGCUCUGGCGGUGUGCCGCCGCAUCACACAGGCAUGAGGCAGAUGAGCAACACACAGCAGCAGCAGCAGCAAUUCAGCCCCGCCCCUCCCCAGUCUCUCAUGCACAGCCCUGCACCACCACAGGCGCCCAUGGGCUCACAACCACCCAUGGGCCAGCCGCAGCAGCAAUUCUCGAAUUCGGCUCCCAUGCAACAACAGCAGCAGCAGCAGCAGCAGCAGCAGCCAUUCUACCAACAGCAGCAGCAACAACAGCAGCACUCACAGCCUCACCCACAACCAUUACAGUACCAGCAGCAGCCGCCACAGCAGCAGCAAUAUCAGAACCAGCCAAUGCAACAUGUGCAGCCACAGGUCCAGCACCAGCAGUAUCAGCAGCAACAGCAACGGCUGCCCACUCCACCACCACCCCUGCAGCAGCAGCAGCCCACAUCUCAGCCGUACAUGCAGCAACAACUCCAUCCUACGGCCCAGGUUCAUCCUCCCUCAGCAUGUGCUGAUGACCGGCAGCAGCAGCAGCAGCAGUCGGGACUCUCGAUCGACAUGUUCUUCAGCGAUGACAGCCCCUGGGAAGAAGCUUCAGCUCUCAUAGGCCGAUCGCCCAACCUGGGUCCGCUGCCGUGUGUGGACGACCCCGAUGACUGCAGCCUCAUCAGCGGGCCUCCCUCGCAGUACUUCAACGUCAACCCCAGCGACACCCAGGAUGCCUUCCUGACUGCUUGAUUAUAUGGUGGGGGCAGCUCAUUAUUGCCCCAUAAACACCUCUAAGAAGAAACAGUAGGCUUCGUUCUGUGCUUUGUAGAUUGUAUUUCUUAUUUCAUGUACACUGGGUGGGCCUUGCCAAGCUCCCCCAUGGGUAGGGAAGGAUAAUAAAGCAGGCAUAAUUGUCUUGUUACCUAUCACUUGUAAUGGUAGGAGUUGCUGUAAUAUACC